CAAAUGAAAUCUGGAAAUUCUACUUUGAAAUCAAAAUUCUAUUUUAAAAUAGUUUGGUAUUUAUGAGGACAGUCACUCGAGUUUAAUUUGACAUUGAGCUGCAGAUAAAAGUGUUCUUGAGGAAGCGCGUGACUGUGACACCUGUGAGAUCAGAAUCACCUGUACAUCAUGUCACGUGACACUCCGGAUUCCUAAAUGUGGAAGUAAAUGUUUCUAAAACUUCUGAAAGCUGCUCAUUGUUGUGCGGUGAGUUUGUUUGAUCAUCUGUUAAUCAUCAUUAUUGUGACGGUGAUGAAUGACACUGAAUGAGGUGUUUGGUGGUGCGCGCGCAAGGCGCGGGAGAUUCCACUGAUACAUUGUAGCGACUCCUGACAGGAAUCAGCUCAUCAUCGUGAGUGAUGACGUGUAUGAUGUAAAAAUGUGAAUUAUCAGUAGUGUUUGAAAUAUUGUCGUGCGAACCUUUAUGUGAGUUGUUCAUAAGCAAUUUUACCAUCAAAUUAUAAUUUAUCUACAAUUUCUUUCUGUAAGUUUAUCUCCCAAAUCACUGAUAUUCUACAUGACUCUUUAUGUCGUUGUGUUUUUAUUCAUGACAACAUACAUUUAAGAUGAAAGCUUGAAUAUUGACCAUUAUCUUGUAUUGCAGUGGACUCUCUCAAAACACUUCAUUUUAGAUUGGAAGACUGGAAAUGAUUAUAUUCCUUGUUUUCCAUGUAAAAGAUACAUUAAGGUGUUUUCCCCUUUGUGAUUUAAUGAUCAGUGUAUCAGAAGGGUAAAUCAGUUGGACAGAGACCGAUCAUUUCAGGUUGAAUAUUGUUGUAAAUGUAACAUCUGACAGUAUCUGACACUGAACUGGAUCACAACAGCAGUUUUGGUGGGAAAAAUAUUGCAUAUUGAAUGUGACCGCUUGCUAAAGUCACACAAUAGUCACCUGAAAGAAACGUGCUUAAACAUCAAGAUUUCUAUAAUCAGUGGCUUUCUAAAAAUACAAUCAAGGAAAAAAGAAGUCUGGUUGUUUUCAAGGGUUUUCUCCCUCUUCAAAUAAAGAUCAUAUGGAGUUUUUUGUCCUUUCCACUCUUGUUUUUGUUCACUGGGGACUUUAAGGCACUAUUUUCUGUAAAGACUGUCUAUUUUAUGAAAAGCAGGGAAUAGAAACGGUUCAAAGAACGAAAUCCAAAAGCGAACACAAUUUUUGCUGAAUGUAACCGAAAAUGGAAAAGAAGACCCUUACAAUUGUUCCUUAAUGGGAAUUUUAUUUUUAAACGCUGGUAAACUUUUAUUAAUGUUAUUAUUUCCAAUUAUAGUUCAUGGAACCAAAGACCACAUUUUUGGAAUUACACCACCACAGUGUGUGUGUGCAGUAGAGAGUGAUUUAUGAAUCGAUUAAUAAGAAAUAAUUUUGGGGAUAUAUUUAAUAUUAAGAAUACAUCUAUUAAAAAUGUUAUUUUAGGGGCCUGGGUAGCUCAGCGAGUAUUGACGCUGACUGUCACACCUGGAGUCGUGAGUUUGAAUCCAGGGUGCGCUGAGUGACUCCAGUCAGGUCUCCUAAGCAACCAAAUUGGCCCGGUUGCUAGGGAGGGUAGAGUCACAUGGGGUAACCUCCUCGUGGUCGCUAUAAUGUGGUUCUCGCUCUCGGUGGGGCACGUGGCGAGUUGUGCGUGGAUGCUGCAGAGAAUAGCUUGAAGCCUCCACACACGCUACGUCUCCGCGGUAACGUGCUCAAGUCACGUGAUAAGAUGCAUGGAUUAACGGUCUCGGAUGCGGAGGCAACUGAGAUUCAUCCUCCGCCACCCGGAUUGAGAUGAGUCACUACACCACCACGAGGACUUAGAGCGCAUUGGGAAUAGGGCAUUCCAAACUGGGAGAAAAGGGGAGAAAAAAUGAGCAGAUAAAGGAUGAUGAGUUCCAAUACAUGUGUUCCUCACGAGUCUGCAGAAGAACAGCAGCAGCAGCAGGUCACUCAGUCCACGAUCCUCUACCUGCUGCAGGAGGCCACCAAACUCACUCCACCUGCAGAUGAGAACUUAAGUUCUGAACACACAGACGCUCACUGCGGCCCUGAUGAUCUCCACAAAGACUCUUCAUCAGAGUUCUCCGGCUCUUUCUCUGUCAUGCGCGAGUGUGACCACAGCAGCGCAUGGGAGGUGAUGCGUCUGAUAAACCAGCAGUGUGAACGGCUGCUGCAGUCCAGCUGUGAUGAUGAUGGAGAUCAGGUGGAUCUUCACUUAAAUACCGUGAUGUCAUCCACACCGUCCUCAGGAGCUCUGUUUGAACGCAACUGUCCUGUAGCAUCCACCCACUGCGUCCCACCUCAUGUGUGUUUCUCACCUGCUGUGAUCUGCAGCUCUGACAUCACAAAUGACCUCACUGAUAAUGAGGAGAAUGUGAAAGAACCAGAUGAUCUCGCUGAGCUUAUAAUGAGAAACACAGUGGAUGACAUCAGCACGACUGACGACACAUCUAUCCUGCAUGUCGCAUCCACAGAGGACAGUUGCUCUGAUUGGUCACAGCGGGUUGAAUCUGUUGGCCUGCCCUCAGGAAGUACCGCUGACUCGGGGAUCCACCCCCUUGAUUUCACUUCCUGUCUAGUGUCAGACGUUGCGAGUGUGUGGCUUCCUCUGAACGUGCAGCGAGAAACGAGUCCAUCGCCAUCAGCUGACCUCAAUAAUAAUCUCAGAGAGAAUCUGAACAAGGAGCUGCAGGACGUCCAGUCAUCAUCAUGGGGUCCCUGCAGGCGAACACAGAGGAAGCAGCCUCAUCCCGUCAGGAGCCCCGACCCCCAGGAUCCUGAUGUUCAGGGGGUCACAUUCAGCAUGUAUCCGGAACUGGACACGAGCACACACCAGUGCAGCCUGAUCAUCACCUCAAACUACAGUGAGGAGAUCAGACGCUUGAAGAGCAGCAGGAACAGAUCUCUACAGAUCACUCAGAGGAGCAGCAGCUCAGAGGAGGAGAGCGACUCCAGUGGCCUGAUCAGGAGUAAGAUCUGUGCAUCCUGUUGUACGAGGAAGACUCCUCUGUGGAGAGAUGCUGAAGAUGGAACGCCACUCUGUAACGCCUGUGGGAUCAGGUACAAGAAAUAUCGUGUGCGAUGUCGACAGUGCUGGAAUAUUCCGAAGAAAGACGCGAACACAAUCUCAAAGUGUUUGAAAUGUGGUGAUAUCCUGAAGAUGAACACACAGCACAAAUACAGCGGCUGGUAAAUGAUUCAAGUGUUUAUUCAGCUUCAUAUGAACUGAAGGAGAGUUGGUUGAAUGUUUACUACAGUAAUACUGUAUAUCAGUCACAUGAAUCAGUUUCUCAUUUCUCAGUAUUUAUUGU